AUGAAGUUCAACUUUACUACCGUAAGCUUAACGCUCCUCGCUGCCUCUACAUUGGCAGUUCCAACUCCAAGAGAAGACACCACGAAUGACUUAGAUUUGGUCUUUGAAUACAAGCGUAGUCCUGAUGCACACGAAGGAAAAAAGCACGAAGGCCAUCAUGACGAAAAGAAAGGUCAUCAUGAAGGUCAUCACGAAGAAGGUCAUCACGAAGGUCACCAUGGCGGAAAAAAAGAUCAUAAGAGAGAAGUAAAGAGAGGUCAUAAUGGAGGUCAUAAUGGAGGUCAUCAUGGAGGUCAUAAUGGAGGUCAUCAUGAAGGUCAUCAUAAUGAAGGUCAUCAUGAAGGUCAUCAUAAUGAAGGUCAUCAUGAAGGUCAUCACGAAGGUCAUCACGAAGGUCACCAUGACGGAAAGAAAGAUCAUAAGAGAGAAGUAAAGAGAGGUCAUAAUGGAGGUCAUCAUGGAGGUCAUCAUGAAGGUCAUCAUGGAGGUCAUCACGAAGGUCAUCAUGAAAGUCAUCACGAAGGUCACCACGAAGGUCACCACGGCGAAAAGAAAGAUCAUAAGAGAGGAGAAAAUGAAGGUCAUCAUGGAGGUCAUCAUAAUGAAGGUCACCAUGGAGGUCAUCAUGAUGAAGGUCAUCAUGAAAGUCAUCACGAAAGUCACCACGAAGGUCACCACGGCGAAAAGAAAGAUCAUAAGAGAGGAGAAAAUAAAGGUCAUCAUGGAGGUCAUAAUGGAGGUCAUCAUGAAAGUCAUCAUGAAGAUCAUCAUGAAGGAAAAAAGGACCAUAAAUAUUAA